UUAUUGGCACUCGCCAAUAAAAUAAAAUUGUUUAAUUUAGCUAAAGUAUAAAAAAAGGUAAAAAAAAAUCAUUGGGACUAAAAAUGAUGAUUGACGUGGGCAAUGAGUGCGUAGUCGAUUGGGUACCAGACCCCAUGACGAUAAAAUAAUAAAAAAGAAAUGAAGUUAUCAGUGUCGGCUUAUAGAGCCCAAGCUAGUGCUCACAAAAAGAUCCUGUGUAAUUAUCAGCAUCAACUUAGUUACGGUGCUACUACGCAUCAAAGUUCAACUGCCAGGACACCGUCUGAUCCUGCAGCACUACUAUCGGGCUUAAAGGUGGAUCGAACGGAGAACGAAGAAAUCCAGGCUGGAGGUCUGACAGCGACAUCCGCCUUGGCGUCAGGGUCGCGGAUGGGUACGGGUCUGGAUUCCGGGAGCAGCGCGCCCUCUUCAGCCCAGCACUCACUAGCGACCUCUCGCGAGGAGGAGGACGAUGAGGAGAGUUCCAGUCGACCUUCGGGGCAAAGCGGGUCCAGGUUGCCGUCAAUCCAGCAGCGUUCUGGUCUGAUACGCCGUCCGUCCUUGAGGAAAUCAAUCUCCAACGGCGAUGGUGCCGAUUACUCAUCGAAUUCAAAUUCCUUGGAGUCAAACUCGACAGAGAGCAUUGAUCAGCUGCCAGAUCCGCCCUCUGGAAGCUCGAAAAGGCAGCGUAGAUCCAGGGGCUCGCAGAAGUGGAGCAAUGUCCGAGCAGUGGUGGCGCUCUAUUCCUCGCUUAGGAAGAUCAAGAGAACGAAGUCCAACCAACGAUGGAUGAAGCUCCGUACGACAGUCCAGCUGUCCUCAGCGAUCCAGAAGAAGCCGCCUCUGAAACGGGAGGACUCUUUCCUGAAGCGGUUCUCGACCCGACAGAUUCCCGAGAGCCAGGAGACCCUCGACGCGGGAGAAAACGAGGAUCCAUUAAACAAGGAUGCGACUCGCGGAAAGCGACCGAGAAAGCCUCAGCGUCCUCCAAGGUCGGUGGUAAAUCCUGACGAGAACUUCUACUACUACUGGCUGAUGCUUCUGUCAAUCUGCGUGUUGUACAACCUCUGGACCCUGAUCGUCAGGCAGAGUCUUCCUGAGCUCCAGGCCUUGAGUCCUUGGGCCUGGAGGUCCUGCGACUGGUUCACGGACCUGAUCUUCUUCCUGGACAUCGGGAUCCAGUUCCGAACCGGGUACCUGGAGCAGGGGCUGAUGGUCUACAAUAGCAAGAAAUUGGCUGGGCACUACCUCAAGUCCAAGAGCUUCAUCCUGGACAUGGCCACCAUCCUACCCUUCGACCUUCUUCAGCUCAGGUACGGGGACAACCCCAUGCUCAGGUUCCCCAGGUUCCUCAAGCUGUACAGGGUGUAUAACUACUACUACAUGGUUGAGUCCAGGACGGUGUAUCCUAAUCUCUGGAGGGUGCUCAACCUUAUUCAUAUUCUCCUGAUCCUCGCUCACUGGUUCGGGUGCUUUUACUACCUGCUCUCUGAGGCUGAGGAUUUUCAGGGUGACUGGGUAUAUCCUUACAGACCUGGAGAGUAUGCUACCUUGACCAGGAAGUAUCUUGGGUCGUUAUACUGGUCCACACUUACUCUUACCACCAUCGGCGAUCUUCCUACGCCUGAGACCAACGCUGAAGUGAUAGCGGGCGGAAAUCCCCGGAGCCUCGCUCGUCGCGGUCGUCUGUCCCGGCUACUGCAGUUCAAGCAUAACGGAGGAUACGUGUUUACGAUAGUGAGCUACCUCAUCGGAGUGUUUAUUUUUGCGACGAUAGUCGGCCAGGUGGGGAACGUUAUUACCAACAGAAACGCCAAUAGACUCGAGUUCGAGCGGCUCUUGGACGGCGCCAAGACGUAUAUGAGGCACCACAAAGUGCCCGGAGGGAUGAAGAGGCGCGUGUUGAGGUGGUACGACUACAGCUGGUCCAGGGGGCGCAUCCAAGGAGGGGGUGAUAUUAACACUGCCCUUGGACUACUGCCGGAUAAGCUUAAGACUGAACUUGCACUUCAUGUCAAUCUUUCUGUUCUUAAGAAGGUCACUAUUUUUCAGGAGUGCCAGCCGGAAUUUCUCCACGACCUAGUUCUAAAAAUGAAAGCCUACAUCUUCACACCGGGUGAUUCAAUCUGCCGGAAGGGUGAAGUCGCCCGUGAGAUGUUUAUAAUAGCCGAUGGCAUUUUAGAAGUUAUCUCUGAGACUGGUCGCGUACUGACAACCAUGAAAGCCGGGGAUUUCUUCGGAGAAAUCGGCAUUCUUAAUCUUGAUGGCCUAAAUAAACGCACAGCAGACGUGAGAUCGGUCGGCUACUCCGAGCUGUUCAGCCUAUCUCGCGAAGACGUUCUAGCAGCGAUGAAAGACUACCCAGAAGCCCAAGAAAUCCUCCAGAACCUUGGAAGAAAAAGACUAAUGGAGGCGCAGAGAGUAGCGCGACUAUACCGAGCGGCUUCUCCAGGCCACGAUUCUUCAGACAACAGCGCCAGCAAGCGGAUAGUUUCCAAGCUGAAGAGCGACGUCAAGAGCCUGAAGACAGUCUUAAGAAAGAGCAGGAGGUCUCGUCCAGAAGAAGCGAUGGAGCUGCAGCCACUAACCUCGAAAGUUCCGCCAUUAAGGAGGCAAAACAAGGUCGACGUUGAAGACCGAAUUGAAGCAGCUCCUGGAGAGCCGCCGGUUUCGCCUUUAGGGGCGGGGCUUCCUCUUCUCUCGCGGCUCCGCCAUCUCAAGGAGAAGCACGACCGUGAAGAGCGCCGCCAUCUUGUCGACAUGCACAUGCCCGAGCGCUUAGCUCCAGAUCCUGCAGGUCAAACUGCGAAAGCAGAAGAUUUGAACCCGAUGAACCCGAAUUUGCCUUUGCUCCAGAGGAUUCUCUUGCUGAAGAACAAGGCUGAGCCGGAAGAGAAGGACAAGGACAAGGUCAAGGAGGUCAAGGUCCUUAAGGAGAAGAUUGUUCCGAUGAAACUGGAGGUAUUGCCUAGGAAGGUCGAUAAAGAAGAGGAGAGCUCCAAUAGCAUCAAGCGGCCCUGGGAGAUGUUGAAGGACGCGUCGAUCAGCACGGCGACUGUCUUAUCGACCGUUCAGCAGCAGGUUAAGAAGGAAACUAGGCGGAGUCUUGUGCAGAUAAGGCAGCAGACUAAAAUGUACUCGUCGGUUGAUGACCUCUCGCCGGAGUACUGCGGACUUCCGUUUGUUAAGAAGUUGAAGAUUUUGAACGAGAGGCAGAAGCUUGCGGAACUAGAGAAGGCGGUUAGAAGCUCUAGUUUGGAUUGCGGGGAGGCUACUGAAGCUGAGUUUGAUGGAAAUUUGACCAGAAGUCAUUCUGAGGCAUGUGCUAUUGAAUAUGCGAGGAAAUUAGCGAAGUUUAAUAAGGAACACGGAAAGCGUCAGCGAGAUGAUCCAUUAUCCCCAGAGAACGAAACCCUGGAAAGGCGGAACCUGAAGAGCAUUCUGAAAAAGCUAUCAGCCGGCAGUCGAGCAAGCAGUUUAGAGACGUCGAUAACGCCAGAUCCAGACUUGGUAACAGCGGAAUUGAGGAAGCUGAUGCGCGCGCCGACGAUCGAAGGUUACGCAGCUCGACAUUCAAAGCUGUCGAAGAGCGUGACCUUCAACUACACGAUGCAGAGUCCCCCGUCGGAGUCAUCCGGAGCGAACGUCGACGAGACGGGCAGCGGGAGCACCGACGGGCAGGUUGAAGAUCUUAAGCCCGAGGAGUCGUCGCUACCAAUAAACUUGCCCAAUAAAUUUAGUAUCCGUCCUCUUGGUAGCGGUGAUGUCGUUAAAAUGCUUUCGAGACCUGAUGACGAGUGUCUGGGUGAUCUGGUUGCGGGAAUCCGCGACGUUAUUCAGAAACGCAUGGAGGCAAUGCAGAGCAAAUUCAUCCACCAAUUCUCGUCUCUAGAACUAGAAAUUCACAAGCGAGACCGCGUAAUUUCGCAACUACAAUCCCGGAUCAUCGAAUUGGAGCGUGAAAAUCCAGGACGAUCGAGCAGCGGGCACGAAAAUCUGGACUCAGGGGACGACAGUACUGACCUGGACGUUUCCUUGGACGAGGACACCUUGCGGAACCACGAGGAACAUCCAUUCAUGCGAGACGGCUCAGUCGAUACAGUGCUGGGAUCUGCGCGGUCGUCAUUGACGCGAUCUAGCAUACCGACUGUAGAGCAGCGUUGUCGAAAGAGGCGCUCCUGGGAGGAACACUCUGAGGAGGAAACGCUACAGCUCCAAGAUCUGCCGAGGUCAAUUUCCCCGCAAUCGGUCUGGCGGGGAGACGUUGCGAUCGACAUUGAAAGUUCCGACGAGGAUCUACCUCAGAGGAAAAUCGACGAUGAAGAUGGCGAUGAUGAGGAAAAUUCUGUUGACAGUGACAAACCCAACGAUUGGGAGUUCAAGAUGCUCGCUGAAGCCAUCGGCAAGAGGAAACGCAGCCACGAGACUCCGAGUCCCGGUUCCUAGCGCAUUAAUCAUUAUUUAAUCGAAUUAUUGAAAUUUAUCUUUUGUUAACGAAAUGACUAUUGUGAAGUUUUUAUUGAGUGUUUUUAAAAUUUUUCGAGUGUAGAAUUUAUAGUGACUGCCGUAAUUUAUCAUUAUACGGUUUUAAUGGUUGUAAUUAUGGUGGUGUUUAGUUAUUAAUCGAUUAAUUGGUUAAUUAAUUAUCUUGAUAUAUUCUUUAUCGAAAGUUUCGUAAAUUGUCUUGUAAGAAUUUUUGAUUUAAAUGAAAAUGUAUCAAUCGAUGGAUUAAUCGAUAUGAUUUUAAAAGAACUUAUCGAUUGAUUAAUCGAUUUAUUGAUGAAAAAAUCGACCGAUUAAUCAUCUGAAAUUUGGCAUAAAGUGAUUUGAUGGAUUCUAAUAUUAAAUUUAUUAAUUAGAAAAAUUUAUCGAGGAAUUCUAAGAUCAAUCGAUCGAUUAAUAAUCUGAAGAAUAAUUUAUAAGCAAUUAUUAUGAAUUUCCUUAUGAGAUUUUAUGAUUUUAAAUGAAAAUCGUCGAUUAGUUUGAGACAAUGCUCGAUUAGUUACCUGAAAAUUUAGUUAUAAAUAAUUAAUUAAAUUUAUCAAUUAAAUCCAUCGAUUAAUCAGCGGAUAAAAAUAAUGGAUUAUUUAAUUCAUUAAUUGGUCGAUUGAUCAUUCCACAAUUGAUUAGGAAAGUUACUAAUCUUAUCAGGAUUAAUCUAUCGAUUUAAUAAUCGAUCGAUUCAAUCUGUAGAUUAAUCAUAUUGAUUUUCCGUAUAAGAAAUUUCUAGGAUUGAUUUUCUUCAUUGAAUCAUUGUAAAAUAAUCAAUCCAUAGAUUAACACUUUGUACUGUUGAUUAGUCAAUAAAUCGAUUGAUUAACAAUUUCUAAGUUUAUUUUAUACAAUAUUUAAUGAAUUUGAAUGUUAAAUUUCUUAAUUUAGAAAAAGAUUAUUCGAUUAAUUAAUCGACUAAUCUGUUGAUUUGAUUGACUAAAUAUUCGAUCAAUUUAUUAAAAGUUUUUGUCAUCAAUAUGGAAGGGUUGAAUUGUUCUAGACAACAUAAUUUUCUUUACUCGAUUAAUCAAUUGAUUCAUAGAUUAAUCUAUUAAUUCAUAGCUUAAUCUAUCGAUUCAUGGAUUAAUCUAUCGAUUCGUGGAUUAAUUUAUUGAUUCAUAGAUUAAUCUAUUGAUUCAUAGAUUAAUCUAUUGAUUCAUAGAUUAAUCUAUUGAUUCAUAGAUUAAUCUAUCGAUUCAUAGAUUAAUCUAUCGAUUCAAAGAUUAAUAUAUCGAUCCAUAGAUUAAUCUAUCGAUUCAUAGAUUAAUCUAUCGAUUCAUAGAUUAAUCUAUCGAUUCAUAGAUUAAUCUAUCGAUUCAUAGAUUAAUCUAUCGAUUCAUAGGUUAAUCUAUCGAUUCAUAGAUUAAUCUAUCGAUUCAAAGAUUAAUCUAUCGAUUCAACGAUUAAUAUAUCGAUUCAUAAAUUAAUCGGUCAAUUCACGGAUUAAUCAAUCGAUUCAUAAAUUAAUCUAUCGAUUCAUAGAUUUAUCUAAUGAUUCAUAGAUUAAUCUAUUGAUUCAUAGAUUUAUCUAUAGAUUCAUAGAUUAAUCGACAUCGAUUAAUCGAUCGAUUAGUUCACAUUUUAUCUUUAUCUUGAAUUUUGUUAUAUUUAAUUUGACAUUAACCCGUAAUCCAGUCAAAUUUGAUCACUACUUUAAAAAAAUUAAUCGAUUAAUCGAUUAAUGCUCCAAUUAAUUAAUUGAUUACAAAAAUUACUAUCACAAAUUCCAAUUCGUCUUGGUCAAAAUUUUAAUAUUUUCUGAAUUUAAUUUUACACAAAUCUACCGAUUAAUCGAUCGAUUAACCGACAAAUUAAUCGAUCGAUUAAUAACUUUUAUACUUCCAAUUUUCUAAAUUAUGAAAUAUUAAUCAUAAAAUUCCAUUAUAUUCCAUUGCUAUCUCUCUAAAUCCAUUAGAUUAUUUUAAUAAUCGACUGAUUAAUUUAUUAAUCGAUCGAUUAAUUACUCCUACACCACCAAUUGUUUCAACUUUAAUUUUAAUAAUUGUAAUUAUCUAUAUAAAUAAGUUGGAUUUUACGCAAUUCGCCUGAUUAAUCGAUCAAUCUCUCGAUUGAUCGAUUAAUCGACCGAAUAAUCAAACGAUUGACAUAAAAACAUAAAAAAAUGGUUAAUUUAUUAAAUAGACCUUAACUAAUGCACAAUCGCAGCCCAAUUUUAUAAACUAAAUCAUAAAUCUAAUGAAUUGACUCUUAUUAAUAAAUGAUUAAUCGAAUGAAUGAAUGUUAAUAAUUAAAAAUCUAAGUUUUAUUGUUAUUUAUUUCGUAUGUUAAUACUCACUGGUGCCUGAGAGAUUAAUAAUAAUUAAUGAUUAACAGCUAAAUAUACUAAUUGAUUAAUCUAUAAAUCAAUCAUUUAAAAAAGUGUUAAUGGUAAUUUAUUGAAUUAAUUAAUUAAUUAAUUAAUUAAUAGACAACUGUACUAAAACGAAUUUAGACGACGAUCUAGUGUCUAAUUAAUCAUCUAAAUUUCCUAAUGAUUAAUAAUUUUUUUAAGUAGUUGAUUAACGAUUUGAUAUAAAUAGAAAUUAAUUAAUUAAAGAAAAAAAUAUUGAGCUGGACGUGAAAAGAAGCGGCAGGGAAUUUUUUUUCUUAUUAAAAAAAAAUAUAAAUAUAUAUAUUAAUAGAGAUAUGUUUAAAAAUUAUUAAUAAAACUCGAAAGUUUAUUAAUUAGAGUAAUUAAAUAGUUAAUUAAUUAUUGCAGUGAAAUUCGAUUAAUCGCUCGGAAUUUAUUGUAAUAAUUUUGUUAAAUAUAAGAUUAAAAAAAAAUAUUUAUUAAUUAUUAUAAUUAUUAUUAUUAUUGUUUAUAUGGACCAGACCAAGCUCAAUAUUAAUAGAGUUUAACAAAGUAAUAUGUAACGUCAAUGUCGAGUGUGAAAAAAGUUAUCAAUUGUAAAUAAUUAGAGUUUUAUUUAUAAAAAUUGUGAAUGUUAAGUGAGAGGGUGUGGAAAUUUUUAUGAGCGGUUGUUAUGUAAUGUGACUAUUUAUUUAAUGAAUAAUGAGUAAUUAGAGAUAUUACACGGUCUCGAGAUGUAUUCGAUUAAUAUAGAAAUGUUCGAGUAAUUAUAUUAUGUAUGUAUGUACUGAUUUAAGUCGAUAAAGUGGUAAUAAAUCGAACAAUCUUUUAAA